AGACAGGUCAAUCUUCAAGAUAGCUCCAGAGAACUAACAUCAUGCUGGCCUUAUUAGCUCUAGUUGCGGUUGCAUCAGCUGCUCCUCAAUUCUUUUCUGGAUAUCAGUAUCCUGUUUACCCUUACCAGUAUCCACUUUACCAAUAUCCAGUACAGUACCCUGCGUAUCCCCAGGCAAGAUAUCCUGGUGCUCCAACAACCGGAAGUGUCGAUACACGUGGUUUGUUCACUUUCAGCGGGUUUCAGACUGCCAGAGCUAACUUAGUGGCAACCACGACAGCCCCAGUGUAUACUGUUACCGGAAACGUCGUCUUCAAUCAAGAUCCCAUUACUUCUCUGGAUGGGAGUGCCUCAACUUAUGAGGCUUAUCUGACAGGAGCUGGAGCUAAGGCUAAUGAGAAGUAUCAACUAGGAGUUGCAACAUCUUGCGCAGCUGUUCCAGUGAACCUUGGAACCCAGAUUACCUCACCCCUGUUCCUGAUCAACGGGUUCUACGUGAGGGGAACCUCCACCGUCUUCAACGUUGACGGAACCAAUGCCAAGACCUCUGUCAAGGGUCAGUACCUCGUGGUCACAAACGAGGCUGCUACUGGAGUUAGAACUGUUGUAGGAUGCUCCAACAUUCUUGUCUAAUGAUAAAAAAUAAUAUUAUUAUGUAAUGUCGUCUUCUAACAAAUCAAACAGUAGAAUCUCAAAAAUAACGUAUAUAUCAUCAUUAUGUAUGUUUUAUAAACAACAGAAAUAAAAGUUUUUCCAUAACAAAAUUAAUCAGUUUC